GGCUGCCAUGAAGGAGACUUGCAGCUCCGUUGACUUUUGAAGGAACAUCUCCAGGCUGCCAUCCCUCCAAAGAACCAGCAGAGCACAGAACCAAUCCACCCUCCAGCUCCGAGAGAACUUAUCUCGCUCACCAUGCAUUUGUAAAUAAAAAGGAUUUGUCCAUCAGGAGGCAAGGGGAAAACACUUAUCUCUUCUUUUCGGGAGCUUGUUGCGCGUCGGGAGAUGUUUGCGCCCGCAGGGAAGCGCUGCUUCACCAUCGAGUCCCUGGUGGCCAAGGAGAACCCGCUGGCCGACGAACCCAUCCGGCCCACGGCCCUCACGUACUCCAACCCGGCCGCGGACGCCUUGAUGGGCGGCUACCAGGCUCCGGCGGCGCGCUCCCUCUACCAGAGCCCGGAGUUGGUGUUCCCGGACUCGGUGAACCACCCCUCCCUUGCCGUGGGCCCCCACCAGCACCUCCAGCACCACCCUCACUUCUUCGGGACUCAGCACCGAGACCCGCUCAACUUUUACCCGUGGGUCCUCAGGAACCGCUUUUUUGGACACAGGUUUCAGGGUCACGACGUGUCCCAGGACAGUUUGCUGCUGCACGGCCCGUUCGCCCGGAAACCCAAACGGAUCCGGACCGCCUUCUCCCCGUCUCAGCUGCUGCGUCUGGAGCGGGCCUUCGAGAAGAACCACUACGUGGUCGGCGCCGAGAGGAAGCAGUUAGCCGGAAGCCUGAGCCUGUCCGAGACGCAGGUGAAGGUGUGGUUCCAGAACAGACGGACCAAGUACAAGCGGCAAAAGCUGGAGGAGGAGGGCCCGGACAGCCAGCAGAAGAAGAAGGGCAACCACCACAUCAACAGGUGGCGCAUGGCCACCAAGCAGAGCAACUCGGAGGACAUUGACGUCACCUCCGAGGACUAAAAAAAAAAAGAAGAAACAUCCCCGCCUCUGACACUGCUGCCUCACACAUCAACAAAUGAGGACCAAAACUAUUUAUUAUGUCAUAUUAUUAAGUAUAAGUAGACGUAUUAGAGGACUUGAACAUGGGAGCAAAGAGACUGCACGGACCAGGACACAAACCUUCCAUUGUUUGUGUUUUCAUGUUGUACAAAAGGCCACAAUUCAACAUUUGCUUCAUUAAAGCCGCUGUAGCACACGUGUAAACAUCAUCCGCAUUCAUUUAGUUUUCUCCUGCGGCGCCGGGACCCCGACUGGGAUGGGAGGACUGAACUGACAAUUGUCAUGAUGAGGCGAUUGGUGGACACAACAUAACCGAACCUGGCAAAAUGACCUGGAUCUUGGCAGCAAUGUCUUUCUUAUUCCGUAUUUCUGCACCCUGUGUAGAAGAACUCACUGGACAAUUCAUUAGGUCCACAAUCUAAUGAGAGCCAGUACAAGCUCUGUACCAAAACCCAUUAUACAUUUUAACUAUAAUAGUUUGGUUAUCAUAUGUAUACAGUAGGGUGCAUCAAAAAACACAAUGAUUGAAUUUUGAUAUGGCUGGGUACUAAAAGUGUUCCAAUAUAUGUAGAAACAACACAUACAAAAUAGUUUUCCAAUACAUGAUUAUUUAGGGGUGCCACCAUAAUAAAGUGGUUGAACAGUUCAAUGGUCGCAUGGAGAUUUGAGGUCAGCAAAGACUGCAGCUCAAGAACUCUCAGGUGAUCUUUAUGUUUUUGUUGGUAUUUAU